AUGCAUCCUGAUGAAGUAAAAGACGCAGUUCAGAAAGUUAUGAAAGAUAUGAAACGAAAGAACUCGUUUAAUGAUGAUCGCCCAGGAAAAAAAUGGCUAAAGCUUUUUCUAAAAAGACACCCUAAUAUAGCAGUAAAGAAUACAGAAGUGAUAUCCAAAGCUCGAGCAGCAGUUUCAAAAAAGAUGAUAAGGAAUUGGUUUCAAGAAUUAAAUAAUUAUUUGAGAGAAGAACAUGCAAGUGAUAUUCUGCAAAAUCCUUCCCGUAUCUUCAAUGCCUAUGAAACAAGGAUGCUAUUUUGUCCAAAAACUGGCAAACUUCUGGGACCUAAAGCAUAUAAGAACUUUUAUAACAUUUCAUCAGGACAAGAAAAACAGUGUAUUACUGUUUUGUGUAAUUUUUCUGCAAGUGGCCAGUCAGUGGAUCCUAUGAUAGUGUUCCCAUGA